UUUGUUAAAUAGUAACAAGCUGGGAAUGAACUUGAAUAGUUGGUAACUGUAAAGCCAAAUCUGCUAUACUUCAAUCAGGAAAAUCGGAUUAUCGGAAAGCAACAAAAAGCAUUUGAAGCAUCUUUCGAUAAGGCACCAAGAACAAAGAAUUUAUGCUAAAAAGUGGAAUGGAGUUGAAGUGGAUGAGAAAGAUUUUGAUUUACAUCGUAAUACUAUCGGUCCUGCAACAUCAGGCAAAUUGUUGGCGUCGCAGGCGACGCAGGAGAAAUCCACCAGUUCAAAAUUGUCAAGUCGGGCAGUGGUCAUCAUGGAGCUCGUGCAACCAUAUAUGCGGUAGUACGGGUACCCAAACAAGAACAAGAAGCAAAACAGUAACUGAAUGCUGUGGAGGAUCAUGUCCGUACUCUUUAAGUUCGUCGAGGCCAUGCAAUAGAAAUGCAUGUAAAAACGGAGGUUCCCCAAUCCCUGGCUCUUGCGCUUGUACGUCAGGUUGGACCGGAACAUGCUGUGGGAUAGACCGUGAUGAAUGCCGAAGCAAUCCAUGUGAUCACAAAUGUGUGAAUGUCCCUGGUAGCUACAACUGCAUAUGCAAUUCUUGCUACACAAAAUACGGCGAUAAAUGUAAAAAGGAAAAAUGCAUUAUUGGUCAAAAAUGUUUUCAGUAUGGUGAUGUACAUCCAAAUAACCAGUGUCAGGAUUGUCAACAAACGUGCGAAGCAACGUGGACAAACAACAAUACUUUAUCUUGCAAUGACAAUAACUUGUGUACAAGAAAUGAUGUAUGCAAGUACGGGAUAUGCAGUGGAACACCGUGCCGUAAAUGCGAGAGGUGUAGUAGAAGUGGAUGUAAAGUCAAGCAGGGUUUCUGCGUUUACAAGGGAAAAUGUUAUCGAAAGAGAGGGAGGAGAUCUAGACGAGUCUGCCGCAAGUCUAUCAGGGGCUGAAAGAGAAACCUGGAUACCGCAAGUGAAAAAUUAAUCUGGCAUUGUUUAGGAUGAAUGGCGAAGAAGUUUUUUUUAUAACUAUAUAGCUAUGUAACAAAUACAUGCACUAGAAUCAGUAGAAUGAAUGUAGGCUUGUAGCGUUACUACAAAAAGCACUAAUUGCAAUCAAUAAGCAUGCAAUACCAUAUUCUGGACUAUAAGGUAUUAACUGAAAUAAUUUCGCACCUAAUUAAAAUCGGUUAAUCUUAGUAAGUUUAUAAGUUUAAUACUGUAAUAAUGCUUUCUGGUUAAAUAUACCCAACGGAAGGUACGCAUUAA